AAGCACUCUUUUUUCUCUCUAUACUCUCUUUUUUCUCUCUAUACUCUCUCAAAUUAAUGAAAUUUAGUGUGUGAGUAUACGAGUAAAAAAUUUAAACAAGAAAAGAAAUUUAGUGUAUUUACACUAAAAAUAUUGAUUUGGUGUUUGGUAAGAAGGAAAGAUCAGAUCAAAAUCAAAGGCAAGAAUUAAAGAAAGAGGAAAUGUAUGGAGAUUGUCAAGUAGCUCUACCAUCAUCAAUGGGAGGUGCAGGAGAAAAUGGAAUACCAUCCACACCAGAUUGUUCCUCCCUAAUAUUCUCUUCACCCAUGAGAAACCCUAAUAAUAAUAAUAAUCAUCUUAAUUCUUUCUCUUUUAUGUCUUCUCUUCCACCCACCUUUCAUCCUUUCUCUUCCAUCAUGCCUGUCAAGGAGGAGAUCAGAGGGAAGGAAGAAAUGAUGGAGAGUUUAUCAGGAAGUGAACUUAACAUGGAAGGACAAGGAGGUGUUUUAGGGAACGAGCUUGACAAUAUCAGCGGAGAUCUUCUUAACCAAAAUCAAUCUCAACCACCUGGAUCUAAAAAAAACCGUUAUCAUCGUCACACUAUUCACCAAAUUCAAGAAAUGGAAGCGUUGUUUAGAGAAUGUCCACAUCCGGAUGAUAAACAAAGGAUGAAACUUAGUCAAGAGUUAGGGCUUAAACCUCGUCAAGUCAAGUUCUGGUUUCAAAAUCGCCGUACUCAAAUGAAGGCACAACAAGAUAGAACAGAUAAUGUGAUACUUAGGGCUGAGAAUGACAACUUAAAGAACGAAAAUUACCGCUUGCAAGCUGUGUUAAGAAGCCUGAUUUGCCCUGGUUGUGGAGGGUCUUCCAUUUUAGGAGAAGUUGAAUAUGAUGAACACCAACUUCAUAUUGAAAAUGCAAGGCUUAAGGAGGAGUUGGAUCGAGUAUGUGCUAUAGCAUCCAGAUACACAGGCAGAUCACUCCAAACCCUCGGACCACCAGCACCUCUCCUACAAGCACCGCCUUCUCUGGACCUAGACAUGGGCAUCUACUCGAGGCACUUCCAAGAUUCAAUUCCUCCUUGUACUCCAAUGCUUCCAAUGCCUUUGCUUCCUAGUGACUAUCCCAAUGGUGGUGGAAAUACUCGUAGGGGCUUAAUCAUGGAUGAAGAGAGGCCUCUUGCUAUGGAACUUGCCAUGUCUUCCAUGGAUGAACUACUCAAAUUGUGCCAUACAAAUGAGCCUCUUUGGGUUCCCAAUUGCAGCAACUCAAUGGAUGUGCUUAACAUUGAAGAAUAUUCUAGAAUGUUCACAAAUUGGCCUCCUCAUCAUAAUGGUGAUCCUCUCAAAUCUCAUUACAACGCGUUGAGGACUGAAGCAACAAGGGAUAAGGCGCUUGUUAUUAUGAACAGCAUCAAUCUUGUGGACUCCUUCCUCGAUGCUGACAAAUGGGUUGAGUUGUUUCCUUCCAUUGUCUCUCGAGCCAAGACCAUUCAGAUUCUCGCCUCUGGAGUCUCCGGUCAUGCUAGUGGCUCGCUUCAUCUGAUGUACGCCGAACUUCAAGUGCUUUCACCAUUAGUACCAACUCGAGAGACUUACUUCCUCCGAUACUGUCACCACAAUGCAGAGGACGGCAUGUGGGUAGUCGUGGAUUUCCCUGUAGAUAGUUUUCAGGGACCCUUUCAACUCUCUCAAAACAACAUUCCUAAGUAUAGGAGACGCCCUUCCGGUUGCAUCAUUCAAGACAUGCCUAAUGGUUACUCUAAGGUAACAUGGAUCGAACAUGCUGAAAUAUUGGGGGAAAAACCAAUACAUCAAAUUUUCGAUGUAUAUGUUCAUAAUAUGAUGGCGUUUGGAGCAAAACGAUGGUUAGCUGUUCUUCAAAGGCAAUGUGAGAGGGUUGCUAGUCUCAUGGCUCAAAACGUGUCUGAUCAUGGAGUGAUACAAUCAGCAGAAGCAAGGAAAAAUUUCAUGAAAUUGGCACAGAGGAUGAUAAGAACAUUGUGCGUGAAUAUAAGCACAUCAGGAGGACAAUCAUGGACUGCAUUAUCAGAAAAUGCAGAAGAUACAGUUAGGAUUACUACUAGAAAAAUCAUGGAGCCAGGGCAGCCUAAUGGGUUGAUUCUUUGUGCAGUGACUACCACUUGGCUACCUUAUUCUCCUGAACAGGUUUUCGAUGUCUUGAAGAACGAAUAUCGAAGAUCUCAGCUUGAAGCACUCUCUAAUGGCACCUCUUUACAUGAAGUAGCUCAUAUUGCUAAUGGAUCUCACCCAGGGAACAGCAUUUCUCUCUUUCGCAUCAAUAUGGCUAGCAAUUCUUCACAAAAUGUAGAGCUAAUGCUGCAAGAGAGCUGCACAGAUCUCUCAGGUAGUUUAGUAGUAUACGCCACACUGGAAGUUGACUACAUCCAACUAGUAAUGAGUGGUGAGGACCCUUCUUGUAUUCCUCUCCUUCCAACUGGAUUUUCCAUCAUACCCCUCGAACGAACCACCUCGACACCGGAUGCCACCAACUCCGACACCAACAACCACCACACGACAGCCGGAUGCCUCCUAACAGUUGGGAUCCAAGUCCAUGCUAGCGCAAUCCCAAAUGCCAAGCUUAACCUUUCAAGUGUGAAUGCCAUCAAUAGCCAUAUUUGUAGCGUGGUCCAUCAAAUUAAUGUCGCCCUAGGCAACACUAAUGGUAGCAGCAACACGAACAAUGUUAAUAUUAAUGCUUGUGUUGCUGCUACAAGUAAUAAUUAACAACUCUGUUGGCUUGUUUGUAAUUCCAAGCCAACAACGUUGUUAGUUUUAGUUUGAUAUAAGUUGUUAAUAAUAAUAACUACUAGUGUAGUUAACUAGGUGGGUAAAGAAAAUCUGGGGUCAUAGGAAGAAAACUUUAUCAUUUAUUAUCCUCCGUUUCUUUUUAAUAAUUAUAUAUAUCUUUUGUUUAGCGAGUGAGAAGUAUAAAUAUUAAAAAAAAACGGAGGAUAAUAUAAAACAGAGUAAGAAUAGGUGGUGGAAGUCAAGAGCGCACCAUAUGUGAUCCUUGGAUAUGGCUGGUUAGUUGGCUGAGGCUAUUAUCUAAGGGUGUUGGUUCGGGCAUUGACUUCUGCUUUUACUCAUUUAAUUUAUUAUUGGGUCUUUUUUUUUUUUAGUUUUUUUGGGAUUUUUAGGUGAAGUUUUUUUUUUUUAAAAAAUUUAUUGUUGUAUUAAAUGAUUUUAGUGUUGAAUUUAUGAGUUCAUUUAUGUUGGUGGUUAGUCUCACUGCUGUCUUGUUAUUUUCUCCUUCUGCUCUCUUUUUACUACAAUGUCAGAGUUGAUGUAUGGGGUGGGGGCUUGUUUUCUCCAUUACUAGUAAGUCAUAAAUUGAGGAAUUUGCUAAUUAUGAAUUUCAUGCAAACUUGUAAAACUCUUAAAAUAUUCAGACCAUAGUAUAUGGUAAUGCUUAAUCUUAUUAUGUCACUCUUGGAUACAUAGGCGAAGCCACACGGGGCCUGCGGAGUCACUGGCUCCCCUUGUAGAAAAUGUGAUUUUUUUGUAAUUUUAGCUUCGACUCUCCUUAU